AUGGUACACUUUCGCGUUUUGCGUGCCACCAAUGUGGUGCUUUUGCUCACUGGCUACCAAAUGUAUUGGUUUGAGAAGAAGUCGCAGCGGUUCAGAGUGUCCCUGCCGGGCGUAGUCAACACUUUUGUGCUGGGAAGCAUUUACGCCGCCUGUUUUUCCCAGCACUUUGAUCCCACAUCCUCGCUUCUAAAUGUUCUUAAGGAUGUGUCGCCGUUUCUUUAUGGAUUAACAAGAAUGCAGCUAUUUUUAGGCGUAAAAGCAAUUGCCUAUGCCAUUUACACUUCGGUAAGAGCUGUGGAAAAGAUUAAUUUCCUGGUGCAAUCCCUUUCAAUCCGAGAGCGUCCACUGAGCAAGGAUGAAGCCGUAGCCUAUGCACUUUUGGGAUCCACCUUUGGCAUUCUGUUUUGUUUCGUGCUUUACAUAUCCUACGAAAUGAAGUUCGAGCUGCCUCCACGCCAGGAUGUCAUGAUAGGCACUGCUCUCUUUCUCCCGCAUCUGAUUCUAUCGGGAUCAGCAAGACUAUACAACAUUUUGGCUUGGCUAACACGCGGCGAAUUGCAACGGCUAAACAAAAUCGUAGUGGAUGAGCUAAGUGCCAAUUUGAGCAAAGAUCAGGCAACUGAGGCUUCCACCUCCUUUACUAUUUCAACUGUAAACACCAGCCUGGACACUAUGGAGUGCCAAAGAAGGCAGUUGGAGGCCAUUGGAAAAAGAUUUCGUUGCGUCUUCCAGUCGUUGCAGUUUUCGCUGAUGUUGUUGUUUGCGUUAAAUGGCAACUGUCUUCUGGGAGGUGCCUAUUCCUAUGUAUACUACCGGCACACUUGGCACGUUCUCUUCGAAGAUCGGAAGCAAAGAAUCUUCUAUGCGGCAAAUGCGUCCAUAUACGCCUGCAUUGCCAGUGACUACAUCUGCCUGAUGUUUGUUCAGGCUUCAAUGGAAAAUCAAUGCGCCAGCUUUAUGAAGAACGUGGAUUCUUUUCUGGUCCAGCGAAGUGCAUUACCCAAGAGAAUGCGGUCUGUGGGCAAGGAUAUAAAACAAAUCCUAAAGAAGUCCUUCAAUUCCAAAUACUACUCGCUUUGGCGGUUCAAUAUCUGCCAUUUAAGUUCGGCAAGUUUAAAGUUUAUAUAAAUGUUGAAAUUAUUCUCUUAUAAAUGUAUAUUUCAGAUUAUAUUUAUACAACUGCUAAUAGUUGCUGUAAUUGUUGCUGUACACUAUCUAAAUGAUGAAAUUCUCUUGUUGAGAGAAGAGUUAAGUGACAAAAGCGACGAAUAA